GUUCAACGAGUGAAGUGUGGGUGGUUGCCGCCACCUGCUUCUGGACGAACGACGACGACAACGACUGUCAUCUGUCGUCGCCGUUUCACACUGGUAUACAGUUUGUGCAGGUGGAUUUUCGCCGGUUAGCACGACAAGAUGAGAAUCGAGACGUGUUAUUUCUGCUCUGCACCUGUGUACCCUUCCAAGGGCAUCACCUUUAUACGCAACGAUGCUAGAGCGUUCAGGUUCUGCAAGUCAAAAUGCCACAAGAACUUCAAGAUGAAGCGCAACCCGCGCAAACUGCAGUGGACCAAGAGUUUCCGCCGCGCACAUGGCAAGGAGAUGACUGUUGAUUCAACCCUGCAAUUCGCCCAACGCCGCAACAUCCCCGUUCGCUACAACCGCGGCCUCAUACAGACGACCCUCAAGGCCAUGACGCGCAUCAGCGAGAUCCGCGCCCGCCGCGAACGCCAGUUCUACAAGGCGCGCAUGCGGGGCAACAAGGCACGCCAGCGAGCCGAGGAUCGGAAGCUCGUCGAGGAGAACCAGCACCUGCUGCCGCCGAGUGAGAGGUGGGUGGUGCAGAAGCUGGGCGAGGAUGAGAUGGAGGUGGAUGUGGAGAAGGUCAAGGAGAAGGUGGAAAAGAGGAGGAAGGAAAUUGAGGAGGGUGUUGAGGAGGAGAGCGAGUUGGAGAGCGACCUUGAGGAGGAGUUGCCUAAGGUGAAGAAUAAGAAGGCGUUGAGGAGGAAGGUUGGUGGAGGGGUGGAGGAGAUGGAGGUGGAUGCUUAGCCUGGGGGAGCAAGGAACGGACUGAAUGGUUCAACGGCGAUACCUCCUUUUUUUUUUCCUUGCAACAAAAGAGAUGCCGCGGAAGGCAGGGAGUUAUGGCGCAUUCGAACCUGGGGGAUGGGUAAGGCUAUACGAAAUUCCGAUACCUACGUCAAAAACUUUCCGAUAUUCUCGUCCCUCUUCAUUCCUACUCCGAUGGCAUUCCCGAUUU